AUGGAACUCAACCGAGAACAUUUUCGAGCCAUAAUUUAUUACAACUUUCAGAGACAAUUAUCGCAACAAGAAUGCCUUGCUGAUUCCCGUUGGUAUGGAGAAUUCAAACGUGGACGGGUGAGUCUUAGCGACGAUCUCAGGGUGGGUGCACCAAAAACGGCAGUCACCCAGGAAAACGUCGAUGCUGUGCGCAAACUCAUCAUUGAAGAUGUCACAUAUCCCGAGAUUGCGGCGUCCUUGAAGAUCUCAAAGACCUUAAUUCAAAAAAAAUUACAUGAAGAAUUAGGAGUAAGAAAAUUAGUUUCUCAGCAGAAAGCAGCCAGGGUUAAUUCGUGUCAAAAAACGCUUGACCGUUUCAAUUCCGGAAACUCAAAAAAUGUGUACAUCAUUGUUAGUGGUGAUGAAUCGUGGAUUUACUGUUAUGAACCAGAAAAUAAACGACAGUCGGCUGUUUGGGUGAUCCAAGGUGAAGAAAAGCCAACAAAAAUGGACGCGAAAUUUGUGUCAAAAGCGGGUCAUAUUGCAACAAUUCCUCUUAAUGAGCAAAGAACUGUUACUGCGGAUUGGUAUACCACCAUUUACAAUGCAAGCUCGCACACAGCCCAAAAAACAAGGCAUUAUUUAACGGAAGAAAACGAGGAAUUAUUGGACCAUCCUCCAUAUAGUCCAGAUCUAAAUCCUAACGAUUUCUUUACUUUACCGAAAAUUAAAAACAGACAGCGUGGUCAAAGGUUCCAGUCAGAAGAAGCAGUUGACGCAUUCAAAAAUGCCGUUUUGGAUCUGCCAGCAAAAAAGUGGCAUAAGUGCUUCGAAAAUUGGUUCGAGCGCAUGCAGAUGUUUAUUAAUCUUCGUGGAGAAUCUACGAAAACCAAUAAAUGGAACAGUAUUGGUGCUAAGCACUGUUGA